ACUGGGAGAACGAUCUCAACCAUCGUCACAACCUCGCUGGUAGAUUCUCGGAGACUUGCCUUAUCGGGAUUGUUUCAUCACAACCCACGUGGCCAAAGCCCACCGUCCCCGCAGAAUUCACGGGCAACCCUCUCAUGCUCCUCAUGACCGUCCGCCAUGUCCAGCGUGCUGCAGUCGUCCUUGUCAUCGAGCUCCACGUCGGCUUCUCCAUCGAGCACGUCGAGUGAUUCAUCCAAUUCUAGUGGCGGAUCCUCCGGUGAUCCUUCAUCGUUAUAUUUGUUCACCUUCCUUGCGACUCUGUUUCUCCUAUUAUUCGUCUCAGGUGCUAUUGUGCUGCGGUCGUUCAUCGUGCGCAGGCGCUUCCGCCGGAGAAUAGAGGAGGCACUCGCAGCCGGUGUCCUCUUGACGCCACCUUUUGAGCCGUCGUUCCUGCAGAGGAGACUAGAGAAGCCCAUCCUUUGGGAUGCAGCACUGACACCGGCGUCGGACGAGGAGUGGAGAGAUUUAUUGCCCAUUGGAGCAAAGAUCACGAAUGUGCAGCCCAGUAUCACAGAGGGCGGCACCCCCUCCGCUAGGGAACAAGAGGAUGCUCAGUCGCAGUGGUCCAGCCUCGGCAUCCUACGACGUCCCUUCGCACGCAGGCGUGUGACCUCGUCUUCCCUCCUCAUACCCCCAGAUCCACCGCCGCCGCAAUUGCUCAGCGGACCGUCCAUGACCUCCAUUUCCUCCACCGAAGAUAUGCUGGCCCGUGCCACAGAGCUGCAGGUCUCCCUCCUCGUUGCGAUGCCCAAUCCCCAUCGGCCUACGUAUAUACCAGAAGCAAAGGACCAGUCCAUAUCAGCGAAGGGCAAGAAGCGGAGCAUAUCAUCGUAUUGGGAUGAGGAUGAGGAAGGAGUGCCGGACGUCGCCCUUGGGAUUAGUCGCGUCCCAUGCAGAGGGUCGGGAUGACACUGAUGCUGGUAGUGGUCCGCAGGUAUCAUACCACAUAUUGUAUUUACCACACCCCGGCCCGCUUAGAGUGUUGUAUUCAUUUGUACGCUGCGGAGGCUUCUAUGUACAUUAUUUUGUCACCGUACGUUAUUUGCAUAGAUGAUAUGCGAGUUCUAAGGGAAUUAUUGUCACCUCCCGUC